AUGUCAACCAUGAACAACGGAGUGCAGGACGGGAAGCAGCAUGAGCCCAUUGCCGUCGUAGGCAGCGGGUGCCGCUUCCCCGGCGGGUCCACGACGCCGUCGAAGCUCUGGGACCUGUUGGAGAACCCGAACGACAUUGUCAGCGAGAUCACGCCGGACCGCUUCAACGUCGAUAGGUACUACCACCCGGACCACAAGCACCACGGCACCAGCAACGUCCGCCACUCGUACCUGCUGCAGGAGAACUUCAAGCUGUUCGACGCCAAGUUCUUCGGGGUCAAGCCCCAGGAGGCCAUCGCCAUGGACCCGCAGCAGCGUCUCCUCCUCGAGACGGUGUACGAGAGUCUCGAGGCGGCGGGCAUCACCAUACAACAUCUCAAGGGCUCCAAGGCAGGCGUCUUUGUCGGCAACAUGGGCGGGGACUACUCCGAGCUCCUCGGACAGGACCUCGACGCGUUCCCGACAUACUUCGCCCCCGGGACGGCGAGGAGCAUUCUCUCCAACAGGAUCUCCUACUUCUUCGACCUACACGGCCCGUCCGUCACCGUCGACACGGCCUGCUCGUCCAGCCUGGUGGCCGUCCAUCAGGCCGUGCAGAGCCUCCGUGUCGGCGAGACGCCCGUCGCCAUCGCUUGCGGGACCAACCUGCUGCUGGGGCCGUCGCAGUACAUCGCCGAGAGCAAGCUGCAGAUGCUGUCGCCGAACGGACGGUCACGCAUGUGGGACGCGUCGGCGGACGGAUAUGCCCGCGGCGAGGGCUUUGCUUCGGUGGUGCUCAAGACGCUAAGCGCCGCCUUGGCCGAUGGAGACCAUAUCGAAUGCAUCAUCCGGGAGACUGGAGUGAACCAAGAUGGCCGGACCAAGGGUAUUACGAUGCCCAGCCCGCUCGCCCAAGCGAAUCUCAUCCGGGACACAUACAAGCGGGCCGGUCUGGACCUCAGCAAGCCGUCGGACCGGCCGCAGUACUUUGAAGCACACGGCACCGGCACGCCGGCGGGAGACCCCGUAGAGGCCGAGGCCAUCAGCUCGGCCUUCUUCGGCGCCGAGAGCGGAUUCCAGCGGAGGCCAGACGCGGAUCCAAAACUCUACGUCGGAUCGGUCAAGACCGUCAUCGGCCACACGGAGGGCACCGCCGGGCUGGCGGCGCUGAUCAAGGCGUCGCUGGCCAUGAAGGCCCGUCGCAUCCCGCCGAACCUCCACCUGAACCGCGUGAACCCGGCCGUCGAGCCCUUCUACAAGGACCUUGAGGUCCCGACGAGGUUGAGGGAGUGGCCGCAGCUCGAGCCGGGCCAGCCUCUCCGUGCCAGCGUCAACAGCUUCGGGUUCGGAGGCGCCAACGCCCAUGCCAUCAUCGAGAGCUACGAGCCGGCCUCCGAGGCAUACUCGUCGUCGUCGCUACAGGUUUCCAAAUCUGUCGCGCCCGUCUUCUCCCCUUUCACCUUCUCCGCAUGUUCGGAAAAGGCCCUGGCGGAGAUGCUCUCUGGCUACCACAAUUACCUGACGGAACACCCGGACGUCGAUCUGAGGAGCCUCGCCUUCACGCUCAACCAGCGCCGCUCGACAUUUGACAGACGGGCCGUCAUCUCGGCCGUCGAUCUCGAGCCUCUCAAGGCCAAGCUCGAGGCACGCAGCAAGGAAGACAGCCCGAGUGGCGGCAACAUGUCAGCGGUCAAGUCCCUCGACAGACGCCCUCGCAUCUUGGGCGUCUUCACGGGCCAAGGAGCUCAGUGGCCCCGGAUGGGCGCCGACAUCGUCCUUGCAUCUCCGGCUGCGAGGGCCAUCAUGGACGAGCUGGAGGAGAGCCUCCAGACGCUGCCGGAGGAGGAUCGGCCCCCAUGGUCGCUGCUGGACGAGCUGCUCGCACCCCCCGAGACCUCCCGCAUUCACCAGGCCCUCAUCUCCCAGACGCUCUACACCGCCGUCCAGGUCAUGAUGGUUCAGCUCCUCCGCUCGGCCGGCGUCGUCUUCUCGGCCGUCGUGGGCCACUCCUCGGGCGAGGUCUCGGCCGCGUACACGGCCGGCUACCUCUCGGCCCGGGACGCCAUCCGCGUGUCGUACUACCGCGGCCUCAACACGCACUGGGCCAAGGGCCCCACGGACCAGCCGGGAGGCAUGAUGGCCGUGGGCACGUCGUUCGAGGACGCCAAGGAGCUCUGCGAGCUGGACGCCUUCAAGGGCCGGCUGUGCGUCGGCGCGAGCAACUCCCGCGAGAGCGUGACUCUGUCCGGCGACCUCGACGCCAUCGAGGAGGUCAAGAAGAUCCUCGACGCCGAGGGCAAGUUCAACAGGCCGCUGCAGGUGGACAAGGCAUACCACUCCCACCACAUGCUGCCGUGUGUUCCACCCUACGUCAGCUCGCUGCAGAGGUGCGGCGUCAAAGUGCAGACGCAGCGCGACGAGGCGACGGCGUGCCCCUGGAUCUCGAGCGUCUACGUCGAGGACAUGGCCGAAAUCGGCGAGGACGGCCGCGUGCAGGAUCGGUACUGGAGCGAGAACAUGACCAAACCUGUCCUGUUCUCGCAGGCGCUCUCGUACGCCCUCGGCGGCGAGCAGCGGUUCGACUACGUGAUCGAGGUCGGGCCUCACCCGGCGCUCAAGGGGCCGGCCAGCGCCACGAUCCAGGCCGUCAUCGGCGAGAAGCUGCCGUACGGCGGGUGUCUGCGCAGAAACGCAAACAGCAUCGAGUCCCUUGCCGAGUGCCUGGGCGACAUCUGGGCGGUCCUGGGCAGCGAAGCCGUCGACAUGGCCGCCUUUGAAGCCUUUGCGUCCGGUGUAAGUGGUGAUGGCUCGGCCUCUCGUCCACGACUCAUCAAGGGCCUGCCGUCCUACCCGUGGGACCACGACCGGGCAUACCACUUCCAGUCCCGGCUGUCCAAGGCCAUGCUGACGAGCAACAUCCCGACCAACGAGCUGCUUGGUGCCCGGCUCGUCGACGACAGCUCCACCGAGGUCCGGUGGCGCAACAGCCUCCACCCGGCCGAGCUGCCGUGGCUGAUGAAGCACCAUGCGCAGGGACAGACCGUGUUCCCCGGCACGGGCUACAUCUCGACGGCCCUCGAAGCGGCCAAACAGCUCUUUGACAGCAAAGACGAGCCGGUGCGGACGGUCGAGGUGCGCGAUCUCGUCAUCGGCAACGCCCUGAUGAUCGAGGAGGACACGGGAGUCGAGACGCUCUUCUCCCUGACGGCCAUCGACCGCAAGCCAGGCCGCGUGACGGCCCACUUCGCCUUCUUCAGCCAGCAGGGCAAAGACUCGGUCAAGCUCAUCGAGAACGCGUCGGGCGACCUCCACGUGUUCCUCGGCGAGCCGUCGGAGGACGCCCUGCCCGGGCACCUGGAGCCGGACAACCAGAUGAAGGACCUGGACGAGGAGCGCUUCUACGAGGCCAUCGACAAGCUCGGCUACGGCUACGACGGGCCGUUCAAGGCGCUCUCCCAGCUGAAGCGCCACAUGGGGGCUGCCACGGGCCUCGUGAGGAUUCCCGAGCCGACGCCCUCGUUCGACAUGAUGGUCAUGCACCCGGCCGCCCUCGACGCCACCGUCCAGUCCAUCCUGCUGGCGUACUGCUUCCCCGGAGACACCCGGCUGCAGGGCAUCCAUCUGCCCACCGGCAUCGACUGCGUCCGGUUCAACUUUGGCAUGCUCAGCCGGGUGGACGCCGGCACCCAGCUCCCCUUCCGGUCUUCGGUUCCCGAGGGCCCGGAGGAGGACGACACCGGCAGCGGCAACGCGGCUGACGUCGGCGGCGACGUCGACGUCUUCUCUGUGGAUGGCCGUUUCGCCCUGAUCCAGCUCCAGGGGCUCCGCACCAAGCCCCUCUCGCCGCCAUCGGCCGCCACCGACCUGCACCUCUUCUCCGAGGUCGUGUGGAAGACCAUGACGCCUGCCGGGGCCAACCUGGAGCUGCACGGCGAGCGGCGCGCCCUCGAGGCCGACAUGUUCGACGCCAUGGAGCGCGUGGCCUACUACUACAUGCGCAACGUCGACCGCGAGGUGGCCGCCGGCGCGGGCCGCGAGGCUCUCCCGGAGCACAACCUCCGCUUCCUCGAAUGGGUCGACCACGUCCGGGACCGGAUCGCGCAGGGGACGCUCCCGCACAUCCACGCCGAGUGGGAGACGGACACCCGGGACGACAUCCUCGCGGUGGUCGCCCGGUACCCGGACAGCAUCGACCUGCAGCUGAUGCACGCCGUCGGCGAGAAUCUCCCGGCCGUCUUCCGGGGCGAGAUGAACGCGCUCGAGCCCAUGGUCCGGGACAACAUGCUCAACCGGUUCUACACGGACGCCAUGGGCAUGGCCCAGUACACCGAGGACCUGGCGCGCAUGGCCGGCCACAUAUCGCACCGCUACCCGCACAUGCGCGUCCUCGAGGUCGGCGCCGGCACCGGCGGCGCCACCAAGGUCAUGCUCCGGCGUCUCGACAACGCCUUCGCGUCCUACACCUACACCGAUAUCUCGAGCGGCUUCUUCGGCACCGCCCGCGAGACCUUCCGCGCCUACGAGUCCAAGAUGGCCUUCCGCGUGCUCGACAUCGAGAAGGACGUUGUCGAGCAGGGCUACGAGGAGGCCUCGUUCGACGUCGUCAUCGCCAACCUCGUCGUCCACGCUACCCGGACCCUCGACGACACCAUGGCCCAGCUCCGCCGUCUCGUCCGGCCGGGUGGCUACCUGCUGCUCCUCGAGAUCACCAACAACGACCCCCUGAGGUUCGGCUUCAUCUUCGGCACGCUGCCCGGCUGGUGGCUCGGCCACGUCGACGGCCGGACCUACUCGCCCUGCGUCGACCAGCAGUGGUGGGACAACGUCAUGCGCCGGAAUGGCUUCUCGGGCGUCGACGUUGUUACGCCGCACCACUCGCUGGGUCCGCUCUCCGUGAUCCUGACCCAGGCCGUCGACGACCGCGUCCAGCUGCUCAGGGAACCUAUGAGCAUCUCCUCCUCCUCCCCUGCCCUGACCAUCGACCCGGAACAGCUGACAAUCGUCGGAGGUGCUGCACCCCUGUUCGAGUCACUCGAGCGCCUCUUCACUCCCCAUUACAAGGCCGUCUCGUGGAUACCCAGCAUCGAGGAGGUCCCGUCCUGCAGCCUGCCCGUCAUGGGAAGCGUGCUGUCCCUCGUCGAGCUCGACGAGCCGCUCUUCGAGAACAUGACGGCCGAGAAGCUCGAGGGCUUCAAGCACGUCUUCCAGCAGUCGAGGAGCGUCUACUGGAUCACCCACGGCGCCUCGGGGGCCAACCCGUACGCCAACAUGGCCGCGGGCAUCGGGCGGACCAUUGUGCUCGAGAUGGACCACGUCCGCCUCGGCUACCUCGACUUCGACCGGGCCGAGGACGCCACCGCGCCUCGCCUGGCCGAGAAGAUGCUGCAGUUCGACAUCCUCGGCACCCUCGAGCAGCAGAACAAGCUCGACGCCCUGACCUGGUACCGGGAGCCCGAGCUGCGGUUCGCCGACGGGAGCUUCCUCGUGCCUCGCAUCAGGCUGAGCAAGGCCCGGAACGCCCGGUACAACUCGCGCAGGCGUGCCCUGACGAACGAGGUCGAUCCGCGCAAGGUGCCCGUGGCCGUCGUGCCCCGGGGAGAGGGCUUCGUCCUUCAGGAGUGCCCCUCCCACGCCGACGCCGACGCGAAUGUCGCCGCCGUCGUCACCGGAUGCGCCGAGACCCGCCCGGACGCCGUGUCCGUGGCCGUCCACUACGCUGUGCUUCGGUCCGUGAAACUCCCAUCGUCCGACUAUCUGUUCCUGGUCCUCGGCACCGAUCUCUCUUCGGGCAAGGCCGUCUUCGCCCUGACGGACUCGCAGAAGUCGGUCGUCAAGGUCGACAGGCAGUGGACGAUCCCGUGUGCCGGGAACAUGACCCAGGGCAGACAGACGCUGGUCGCCCUCCACGCGCAACUCAUGGCCCUGACGGCGGUCGCCGGCGUCGCCCCGGGAGACUCGCUCGUGGUUCUCGACGCCGACAAGUCGCUGGCCUCGGCCUUGUCCGCCCGUUGCGCCGCAAAGUGUGUCCGGCUCGCCCUGCUCGGCACUCAGUCCGGACUGGAGAAAGAAAAGCAUAACGGCGGCGGCGGCGGUGCGUGCAACGUUGUCCACGUCCACCCGCUCGAGUCGCGUCGAUCCGUCGAGACCAAGCUGCCCUCCAAUAUCGGGUGUUUCCUGAACCUUUCCGGCACGCAGCAAGACGCGGCCGGGUUGAUUGCCGACUGCAUCCCGUCGCACUGCCGCGUCGAAACCCGCGCCUCGCUGACCGACGUCGUGGCCCACGUCACCUCUUCGACGUUCCUCGGCCUUGAUUGUGCGGUCCCAGACAUCUUGCGGACAUCUUGGGCCCACGCUCAGGCCGAGAGACGCGUGUUCGACACGUCGACGGUCGCCGUCGCCACUCCGGCCACGCUCACGGGUCCGUCCGCCGAGGGAGAGGCACGCCGUACCGGCAGCGGCCUCGUCCUCGUCGAUUGGACAGCGGAAUCGACAGUCAGCGCACGUAUCCGGCCUGCCGACUCCAUCGUACGCUUCAAGCAGGACAAGACGUACUGGCUCGUCGGCCUCACCGGAGGACUCGCGCUCUCUCUCUGCGGGUGGAUGGUGGACCGAGGUGCCCGAUACGUCGUCAUGACGAGCCGCAAUCCACAAGUGGAUCAGAAGUGGCUUCGGAGCAUGGAGUCCCAAGGUGCAUCGAUCCGGAUAUUCUCAAACGAUGUCACCAAACGCGAGGCCCUCGAUUCAGCCUUCCGCACCAUCUCGGCCACCAUGCCGCCCAUCGCCGGCGUCGUCCAGGGCGCCAUGGUCCUCCGCGACACCAUGUUCGCCGACACCACGCUCGAGACGGUCGACACUGUCCUGGGGCCCAAGGUCCGGGGCAGCAUCCACCUCGACGACAUCUUCCACUCGACGCCCCUCGACUUCUUCGUCUUCCUCUCGUCCGUCGCCAGCACGUCCGGUAACCCGGGCCAGAGCAUCUACGCCGGCGCCAACAUGUUCAUGAACGCGCUCGCCGCCCAGCGCCGCCGCCGCGGCGUCCCCGGCUCGUCGGUCGAGAUCGGCGCCAUCAUGGGCAACGGCUCCGUCACGAGCAAGCUGAGCUUCGAGCAGCAAAAGUACCUCUUCUCCGUCGGCAACAUGUGGAUGAGCGAGCAGGACUUCCUCACCAUGUUCGCCGAGGCCGUCCUCGCCAGCCCCCCCGGCUCGCCGCAGUCCGUGACGACGGCCACGGGUCUCCGCCUCCAGUACAGCGACGAGGACCCCGACAUCACCUGGUUCACCAACCCCAUCUUCCAGCACCUCGUCCUCGAGACGGGCAACACGAUGCCGGCGGCCGCGGGCGCAUCGAAGCAGGGCGUCCCCGUCAAGACGCGGCUGCAGGACGCCAAGACGGCGGAAGAAGUGCUCGCCAUCGUGUCGGAUGCAUUCCACGCCAAGCUUGUCUCGUCCCUCCAGGCCGACGCCGACAGGGACGUGCUCGAGCUGCCACUGGAGACGCUCGGCAUGGACUCGCUGGUCGCCGUGGACCUGAGAUCUUGGUUCCUGAAAGAGCUCACUGUCGACGUGCCCGUCCUCAAGAUUCUCAACGGCGGCACCGCUAAAGCGCUGCUCGAGUUCGUCCAGGGGAUCAUCCCGGAGUCCAUGACGCCGAAGCUCCGGCAGUCGGACGGACCCGGCACCGACGGAUCAACCUCGGCCCCACAGUCCCGACCGACCGGCCCGAAGCUCCGGAUGCCGGACGGACCCGAUACUGCCAAGGCACCAUCGGCGGCGCCGGCUCCCCCGCUCGCGACUGCCCCAAAAAAGUCAACAGCCCAGAGCAUCGCUACAGCAACAGCCAACAACGCUGCAAGGGCGUCGCCAACCGCCGACGCGGAUCUUUCUUCUGCCGAGAGCCCUACCACCUCGGACCGUGCGGAGUCUGUAUUCACGGACAAGGCCGGCGACCACGCGGCCUCCGUGUCGUCCAUCUCGGAGCCUCCUACUCCCCCCAAUUGCCAAGGCCUCGAAGAGAAACUGCGCGCCGGAGGAAACUCCCUCGUCCGGACGGUCCCCCUGUCCUUCGGCCAGUCCCGCUUCUGGUUCCUGCGGUCGUACCUCGCGGACCCGCUGGCCUUCAACAUCACGUCAAUGAUGCGCAUCAACGGUCCGCUGCGUCCCGACGACCUGGCCAGGGCCGUCGACAAGGUCGCCCACCACCACGAGGCCCUGCGCACCUCUUUCGUCGUGGAGGAGAACGUGCCCGUGCAAAAGGUGUGGAGCUCGCCCAACUUUGAGCUCGAGAUACGCGCCAUACCCGCCGACAGCGACGCCGAGAGCGAGGUGAAGGCGGCUUACGAGGACAUCAAGAACACCGUCUUCAAGCUCGACGAGGGCCAGACGAUGCGGGUUCAGCUCCUCUCCAAGUCGUCGACGGAACACGUGCUGGUCCUGGGCUACCACCACAUCAACAUGGACGGCGUCAGCUUCGAAGUCUUCUUCGCCGACCUCGAGAGGGCGUACAACGGCCAGCCACUCGACGCCUCCGUCACCCAGUAUCCCGACUUCUCCGCGAAGGAGGCCCAGGAGUAUAAGUCCGGCCAGUGGGCGCCGGAGCUGGCGUACUGGCGCGCCCAGUUCAACCAUCUCCCCGAGCCCAUGGCUCUCCUGCCCGUCUCCAAGAAGUCGUCUCGGCCCGCCGGCGUCGCCACGUACGACACGCACACGGUGAAGCGCCGAGUCGACGCCGAGCAGUCUCGGGCCAUCCGGGACGUGUGCCGGCGCUUCAAGGCCACGCCCUUCCACUUCCACCUCGCCGUGUUCAGGGCCUUGAUCGCCCGCCUCAGCGGCUCCGAUGACUUCUGCAUCGGCAUCGCCGACGCCAACAGGAAGGACAAUGGCCUCGCGGGCGCCAUCGGCCUCUACCUCAACCUGCUCCCCCUCCGCGUCAAGGGCAGCGGGGGCGGCGGUGAGGACUCCCUCGCCCAAAAGACGUUCGGCGACGCCCUGGGCGAGAUGCGCAAGACGUCACAGGAGGCCUUUGCCCACUCGAGGGUCCCCUUCGACAUCCUCCUCUCCGAGCUCAACGUCCCGCGCUCGUCGUCGCACGCGCCCCUCUUCCAGACCUUCCUCAACUACCGCCGCGGCGUGUCCGAGACGCGCCCCUUCUGCGGCUGCACCGGCACGGGCGAGCUCAUGGCCGGCGGCCAGGUCGCGUACGACGUCAGCCUCGACAUCGUCGACAACCCCGAAGGCGACUCGCUCGUCACCCUGACGGCCCAGCAGGAUCUGUACGACCUUGAUGAUGCCAACCUGCUCCUCGACUGCUACUUCCGUCUUGUCGCCGCCUUCUCGCGGAACCCGGCCUCGAGCCUCGGGCGCCCGGCCUUGUACGACACGGCCGCCGUGGACGAGGCCCUGAAGCUGGGACGUGGUCCUCUGUACGACUUCACCUGGCCCGAGACGCUGAUGCACCGCAUCGACGACAUGGCAGACAAGCACGCGUCCAAGGCCGCCUUGCGAGACGGCCAAGGGGGCGGCCUCACUUACGCUCAGAUGGCGGCGCGGGUCAACGCCAUUGCGGCUCGCCUCGAAGAGGCAGGAAUCGGCAGCAGCAACAUCGUGGGCGUCAUGCAAGCCUCGACCCUGGACUUCGUCUGCUCCAUCCUGGCCAUCUGGAAGGUCGGCGCCACUUACACGCCCCUGGACCCUCGCCUCAACUCUACCGACCGCCUCGCGGCCAUCGUACGCGAGUGCCGGCCGACGCACGUCCUCGUCGACGCCAGCACCAGAUCGCUCUUUGCCCAGCUGGAAUCCACAGCCGUACCCGUCGACGUGACGAAGAACUCGUCGCCCGACGCGAAGGUGCCGACCCAAGCCAGAGCCGGCUCCGCGGCCGCCGUUCUGUACACCAGCGGGUCGACCGGCACGCCCAAGGGCAUCUCCCUCAGCCACGCGUCCCUGAGGAACAACAUCGAGCUCGCCACUCGCCAGUUCGGCUUCAAGGAGGGCUCCGACGUCAUGCUGCAGCAGGCCGCCUUCAGCUUCGACAUGUCCCUGUCCCAGACCCUGACGGCACUCGCCAAUGGCGGCACCCUCGUCGUCGUCCCGGCCCAACUUCGCGGCGACGCGGCCGGCCUCACCCGGCUCGUGGCCGCCGAGAAUGUCACCUUCACACAGGCCACGCCCACCGAGUAUGCCUCGUGGAUCGGCGCCGGCGCCCAGCACCUCAAGAGCUCCAAGUGGAGGGUGGCCGCGUCCGGGGGCGAGAAGAUGACCCAGAGCCUCCUCUCCGCGUUCCGGUCCCUCGGCAAGCCCGACCUCGGCCUCUUCAACGGAUACGGGCCGACCGAGACCAGCUUCACGUCCAACACCCGUGAGAUGCCGUAUCACGACACCGAGAGCAACAGUGGCGGCAGAAACAUCGCCGCCCUGCCCCUGACGACCUGGCCCAACUACUCCAUCUCCAUCGUCGACCGCGACCUCCGGCCCGUCCCCGCCGGCGUCUCGGGCGAAGUCUGCAUCGGCGGCGCCGGCGUCGGGCUGGGCUACCUCAACAACGAUAAGCUCACGUCCGAGGCCUUCGUGUCGGACAAGACGGCGCCCCCGGAGUUCGCAGCCCGCGGGUGGAAGACGAAGCACCGGACCGGCGACCGCGGGCGUCUUAGCCCCGACGGCGGUCUCGUUCUCGAGGGCCGCAUCGCCGGUGACACGCAGAUCAAGCUGCGCGGCAUCCGCAUGGACCUCGCCGACAUCGAAUCGGCCAUCCUGCAGGCCGGCCUGGGCCGCAUCACCCACGCCGCCGUGUCUGUCCGCCAGGACGGCGCCGAAUCGGCCGCCGGCCCGCAGUAUCUCGUCGCCCACGUCGUCCUCGCCGCAAACAACGACGACGCAUCGGCUCACGGGAGCAGCAACCAGAAGGACUUUCUCGCCGAGGUCAGCGAUCGCUUGACGCUCCCCAGACACAUGAAGCCGUCUCUGCUCGUGCCCGUUUCCGCCCUGCCCAUGGGCACCUCGCACAAGCUGGACCGCCGUGCUCUCCAGACGUUGCCCAUCUCGACUCGGCAUCGGUCUGGUGAUGGUGAAAACAGCCAAUCGGGCCAGGGGACCGGAUUCACGCCCAACCAAGCCGAGAUCUGGGAGCUGUGGAAGGAGGUCAUCCCCAGCGACGUCGUGAACCAGUACUCCGUCGACCCCCAGACCGACUUCUUCCACGUCGGCGGCACCUCUCUCCUGCUCGUGAACCUGCAAGGGUUGUUCGAGAAGCAUUACGGCAAGGUGCCCCCUCUGCACGAGAUGUUCGAGUCCAGUACCGUCGCAGGGAUGACCGACUUGCUGUUCUCGGACGGAACACCCAGAGACGGAGCCUCGUCGGCCAUCGACUGGAACGAGGAGACGUCGCUCGACACAUCAUCAUCAGAAACUCCUGUUGACAUUGUCUCCGGCUCCGCUAUGGCGAAUGUUAACCAACCACCUCGCGUCGUCGUUCUCACGGGUGCCACAGGCUUCCUGGGACGACAUCUUCUCGACUUCCUCCUCCGCCAGCCCAGCAUCACGCGCAUCCACUGCAUCGCGGUGCGGAACCCCCCAUCCUCCUCUUCUUCUUCUUCUUCGUCUUCCUCCUCUUCGGACCCCUUCUCCGAUCCCAGGGUCCGUAUUCACCGCGGCGACCUCGCGGCUCCACACCUCGGCCUCACCGCCGCCGAGGCCGCUUCCAUCUUCGCCGAGGCCGACGCCGUGAUCCAUAACGGCGCCGACGUCUCGUUCCUCAAGACAUACGCCACGCUCCGCCGCACAAACGUCGCGAGCACGCGCGCCCUCGCCCGUCUCGCCGCCCCGCGCCGCGUGCCCCUGCACUUCGUCUCGAGCGCCAGCGUCGCCCAGCUGACGGGUCUCGACAGCUUCGGCGAGACCAGCGCCGCGGACUGGCCCCCCGCGACCGACCCCCGCGCCCUCGCCGGCGGCGGCUACACGGCCGCCAAGUGGGCGUCCGAGGUGCUCCUGGAGAAGGCCGCCAGCGCCUGGCGGUUGCCCGUCACGGUCCACCGCCCGAGCAGCAUCACGGGCGACGGCGCCGGCGACCUCGACCUCAUGGCGAACCUGUUCCGCUACGUCGAGGACCUCGAGGCCGUGCCCGAGUCCGGGUCCUGGAAGGGCUACUUCGACUUCGUCUCGGUGGCCAACGUCGCCGCCGACAUCGUGGAGGCCGUCAUGGCCGCGGGAGAAGAAGGGGGUAAGGCGGGCGUGAGGUACAUGUACGAGGCCGGCGAGAUUGUCUAUCCGCUGUCCGUCGUCAGGGAGAUGUCGGACUCGGGCCAUCAGCUGCCCGUGAGGACGAUGCCGCUGGUGGAGUGGGUGCGCGAGGCGAGGGAGAAGGGGCUGAAUCCCAUGUUGGCCGAGUACCUGUUGAUGGCCGAUAAGACCGGCUCGGCUCUGGCCUUCCCGGAGCUGGUCAAGGAUGCCUAG